AUUUCGCAGAUCACUCCAUAGCCAAGUCUCAUUAUUUAUCUAUUGUUUGUUAGUGUAUAACCCUUUCAUUUACGCAAAUCAAUCUUCUUUUCAAUCCUCCAUUGAUAUACGAUAAGCAAGAACCUUUUUUUCUGCAGAAAAAGGUGAGCUUUUUUGUUUACCUUUUCUUCUCAUUCCACCAAAAAUCUUUCUUCUCUCUGUUUAGCUUGCUUUAUAAUUGCUCCGGGAAAUGUCUAAAUACUGAUUGAGAGACAAACAAGCAAAAAAAAAACAGAGCUAAUCAAUGUUAUUUAGGGUUCUUCACUUUGCUUUAUGCUCUAAGGGUUGGUUUGAUGUGUAGAGCUAUUAAUCAAUCAUUCACUGUUCUAAGAAAGAAGAAGCACUGGAUCUCAAAAUUAAAUCCAGGAGGAAGCAGCUUCCAUGGAUCUAUCACUCAACACUAAGAAUGUCUUCUCCUCAGCUCUCCGUUUCGCCAUGUCCAUUGACACGCUGAAGAACUCUCCUGAGCUUGCUCAUGAACUCAAAACCUCAGCUCAAGAGCAAGUCGAGUUCAUGCUGUCCGAAGACGAAGAGGUACGGUUACUGGUUUCUCAAGAGGAAGUUAAAUGUGUCGUGAGAUUAGGCAUCUCCAGUGUCCUAUCGACGUUGUUAGACAGAUUAUCAUCUUUGCUUCUUCUCCCUGAAGAGUUUGAUGUUCUUAAUGAUAUUGAGUGGCUGUGCAAAGUGUUGCCGAGGAUGGAGUUGAUGAAAGAUCUCGUCUUUAAAUGGGCCGACGUGUCGAGCGAGAUUCUUGUGAUUGCUCAGAACUGUAAGUUAGGUGUGAAAGUGAAGCUUGUAGAGGUUACAGGGAAGGUUUUAGAAGCGGUUGGUUAUGGUGUCGUGAUUGUUCCUUGUGGAAGCAGAGCCUGUCUUCUGAAGCUGUGGUUGCCUUUCAUAAGGAGGUUAAAGACUCUGGUCGAUGCAGAAGGAUCUGGGUCUGAGUACAGAAUGGACGAAGAUCUCUGUGAAUUCUUAGAAGGAUCGAUGGUGUCUUUGGUCUUGACGUUGCCUUCGAAUGACCAAGCGGAAGUGUUUGGGGAAUGGAUGAGAGGGAUUGCGUUGGAAGGAGUGAAGUUUCCGGAUUUGAGUGAAGCCUUUGAGGUUUGGUGUUAUAGAAGUAAGUCUGCAAAGAGACGGUUGUUGGAAAAAUGUGAUAGACUUGCAUCUGAAAACCUUGCCCAUUGAUUGAUUGUUAAUACAUCGAAAAAAUGUAGCUAAUCAAACCAAGCUUUUUCUUCUUCACGCUGGUCUGAUGAAUUCAGAGAGCUCGUCGAAUACAGCAGCUUUCUUUAUUAGCUAGGGAUUCAGAUUACCCUUCAUUCCUUCUCACAUAUGUUAAGUUGUAUCUUCUUUACUCUCCUUGAUAUGGUAGCUGUUUUAUUGUAUUAGGAGUGACAGAAUUCUUGUACUGGCUCUAAACUUUGAUGCUGAUUACUAUAAACCAUGUGGUCUGGGGGUCGGUGAGGUAAUAUGUAAAGGUGAACAAUGCGCAACUAA